ACAAUCUUUGAGAACGCCCUUGCUUCAAUCAGCAUCGCCCUUUUCUACUUCAUCCGCUGACGAGAAACUGAUUUCAAACAUUUGGCGGCGGAUUGGGAUUUGUUUGGUGCUUGACUGUAGCCAGCUAACUUUAGGUUGUAUGUAAAUAACUUUUAAAAACUUGCCAAGUGAGUUUACGCAUUAACAUGGAUUCAACUAUGGCGAACCUUCUUGUUGGACUUUCAGUCAACAUCCAAAGAAGCGAUGGGCGAGUGCAUCCUGCAAAUGUCAAAUCUGUGGAUUCCACAAAGCGUACUGUGACGGUUGAAUGGUUAGAGAAAUCUGUAUGCAGGGGAAAAGAGCUUGAAAUGAAUGAAUUAUGGUCCCUGAACAAAGAGCUUUUUGAGCGCAUGAAACCAACUAGUAUACCUGCUCCUCCGGAGAAGAAAUGUGAAAGCCGUCUUCGUUCAUCCGGGGUCCCUGCUCCUUCCAGUCCUUCUACUCCAGCGGGUCCUCCUGAGGAGACAGUUCCACUUCCAAGAAAGUCUACACGGCAGACAUGCUUGUUCCGGACCCUUGCUCCUGUCUCUGAGCUUGCUGCUAAGACUAAGCAUGACUCCCUGUCUUCAGAGUAUCCACCCUCUGUCCUCAAAGCUUCAGGUGUGCCCAACCGAGAGAGGAAAAGGAACAGUCAGAGACCGACUGCUGUCCUGCCCCCAGUCAACGAGGCCCUGAAGGAGAAUGAGAAGAGUGUUUCCUCAGUCACCUCAAGCAGACGGAGAUCAGUGCUACCCCAAGACAUGAGCAAACCAGUGAACAAAAGAUUGUCCCAUGCAGUCAAGAGCUUGGACAUGGUGCCCAAGAAAGGAAAAUUUGAAGACACAAACCGACCGAACAAGCAGUUUUACCAGAUGAUUGAAGAGUUCAGAGAGACCUUGGAAGUACUUCCUUUAUCUCUGUCUGAUAUGGUUGAAGCUCGUAGCAUUUGUGUGUGCGUUCGCAAGCGUCCUCUCAACAGUAAAGAGGUGACUAAGAACGAUAUUGAUGUGGUUUCUAUCCCUGGUAAUGGAACGCUGCUCCUUCAUGAGCCCAAGCAGAAAGUGGACCUGACAAAGUACCUUGACAACCAGGUCUUCCAUUUUGACUACUCCUUUGACGAGUCAUCCACCAAUGACUUAGUGUACAGGUUCACUGCCAAGCCCCUUGUCCAGACCAUCUUUGAUGGUGGGGUGGCAACUUGUUUUGCUUACGGACAAACUGGAAGUGGUAAAACUCAUACAAUGGGAGGAGAUUUUUCAGGGAAAAGCCAGAACAACGCGAAAGGGAUCUAUGCCAUGGCAGCUCAGGAUGUGUUCGCCCUCCUGAAGCAGAGGAGAUAUUCCGGUCUGGACCUGUGUCCCUACGUGACAUUCUUUGAGAUCUACAACAGCAAGGUAUUUGAUCUGCUGAACAAGAAGGCCAAGCUGCGAGUGCUGGAGGAUGAGAAACAACAGGUCCAGGUGGUCGGCCUGCAGGAGAUGUACGUUUCGUGUGCUGAAGAUGUCAUCAAGAUGAUUGAGAUGGGCAGUGCAUGCAGGACGUCCGGCCAGACGUCAGCCAACGCCAACUCGUCUCGCUCCCACGCCGUCCUGCAGGUGAUCCUGCGAAGGAGGAACCAGGUGCACGGGAAGUUCUCCCUGGUGGACCUAGCAGGGAACGAGAGGGGCAUUGACGUUCGCAGUAGCGACAGACAGACCCUCGUAGAGACGGCCGAGAUCAACCGCAGCCUGCUGGCUCUCAAGGAAUGCAUUCGCUCCUUGGGGAUGGACAGCCACCACAUCCCCUUCAGGAUGAGCAAGCUGACACAGGUACUCCGAGACUCCUUCAUCGGCGAGAACUCCAGGACAUGCAUGAUUGCAAUGGUGUCUCCUGGAAUGUCCUCAUGCGAUUCCACUGUGAACACACUACGCUAUGCAGACAGAGUGAAGGAACUGAAUGGAACGUUAAAGAUGAAUGAUGCGGAUCUUCCCAAGAAGAUUGAUGAGAUGGAAGUGGAGGACAGCUCCUCAUCAGAAGAGGACUCCAUUGUACCCAUGACCGACGUGUAUGAGGCCAUAUCCCAGGUUUCUGAGCUGGAGGAGAGGGUGCACGAGGAGUUGACGGGCGCAAGUAACAUUAUCAAGCUAAUGGAGAUGCCAUCAUAUGACAUUGAGGCUGGGGCGACCGAUAUUGUGGACUACGCAAGAAAAUUACUGGACACGGUCCUGGCAUUGCAGUCUGCCAUUGAUGGAGCGCGACUGGCAAGGAUGUCACCCAAAUCAGACCACGGAGCUGUGUUCUAGCCCCAUGACAUCAACCUAUACCGCUGGUGGAUGACCUGUGCACAUCUGCCUAGCACUCUGUGUGGGGGCUUUGUUUCUACCUCCCUUUUUUUCCUCCUUCCUUUCUGCUUCUCGACCCCAACCUCCACUAUACACAAGUCCAGCUUGUGUAUACACAUACCCUGCAAGCAAAAGCUGACACAUGACAUAUCAAAGCUCUAAUAAACAUCUCACACUGAACAAUUUUCCCCAAAGAAUAAAAAUAAACACAUUUUGCUGGCGACUGGGUGGCCCCACAGCAUGGUGUGAGGCCUUGCAUGCAGCACAACUGUUUCCUAUGAGCACAACCCCCACCCCCAUCUCACUGGGUGGUACUCCCCUCCCUUCUCCCAAACCAACCCUCCCCCAACCAGCAGUCUUGUCUUCCCGUUCUCACAGGCAAGUGCUAUGCAAAACGCUUUUCAAUGACCUAGUAUAACACAUUAACUUUUUUAAAACUCUGCGUCUCAAUAAUGGUUAACGAGCAGUGUUUUUAUUAUUUGUGGUGAUAUGUAGCUCUGCCUUUUUUUCUUUUUGAUCGCUUAGAAAACAAUUUGAAAACAGACCGCACGUAGCCACAUCAAGUUGUUGAAAGUUCUAUAGCUUCUUGAUGUCCAUCUCAUGUUGCCAAAAUUUAUUUGAAUUGUUUCGCUCACCCUCAGCUGUGUGCUUCAGUCGUCUGGUAGCAUAUUGUUCACUUUUGUUAUGUAAAAUACAGCGAUAUCAGGAACCACUCUGAUCUCUAGUGAUGUUCAGUAUAGUUGGUUUUAUAAAGGCACAUUUCAGUUGUAUAGUGGAUUAACAGAACCUCAACCUACUGCAUUUACUUCACAAUCAGUUAUGAGACUAGCAGUUGCAGUACAUCGUUGAAUCUUUCAUUUGUAAAAGGUGGUCAUAGGCCCAUGAUUCAGACCUUAAUUCACUCUUAUCUACUAUUUCACAACACUGAUCAUUUCUGCUUGGAAUUGUUAAUUACUUUGCCAAAUCCCCUUAUGUCUCCUUUCAAAUUCCAAGUAAUUUUUGGAGGGUGUAUAAAAAAUGAAAAAAGCCUCAUCGAUGCUGAGAUUUGAAUGGGGAGCGUUGUUUCAUGUGAGCUGGGACUUGUGUCUCUUGGCUCUGAGACUGUUUGGAUGCAUCCCAAAUAGAACUCCAUUCCCUUUAUAGUGCGCUACCUUUUGACCAGUGCCCCAUUUUUGACUGCUCCCUGGAUUCCAGCUGUCCACAUGAAUAUUUUCUCUGUGCAAAGAAAAUUGGCAGUGGCUG